AUGCGCUUCUCUCUCCUUGUACUCCUGUUUGCCCUUGUCGCCGUUGCCUUUGCUCGUAUCCCCGUGAGCUCGGGCUCGACCGACUCGGUUGGCGGCGUGAUGUCGCGCCCGUCGGGCUCCGCGUCGUCCGAGGCUCACUCGAAGAGCGAGUCUGGCGACAAGAAGAAGUCGUCUGCCAAGGGCGGUGCGGCCGGUGCGCACAGCACGGCCAAGAGCGGUGCCAAGGGCGCUGAGUCGACUGCCUCGAGCGGUGCCAAGGGCGCUGCGUCGACCGCCUCGAGCGGCGCCGCGGGCGCUGCCUCGACCGCCUCGAGUGCCAUUGACGGUGCUGCGUCCACCGCUUCGAGCGCGGUGAUGGGUGGCGCUUCGGGUGCCUCGAGCGCCACGAACGCUGCUGCUGGCUUUGCUCCCCAGCUCCCCAUGGUCGGUGUUGUGGCCACGGUGAUUGCCGGCCUCGGUGCCGGCCUCGGCGCAUUUUUCCUCUAG